AUGCCUCCUCUGGAGCCAGUUCGACCUGCCGACGGCGGCAGCUUUUACCUCGCCAAACGGGGAAUUGAGACGAUCCAGAUCCCAGAAUGGAUCACUUGCUCACAGUGUGGAACCCGUCGAACCGUGGCCUGGUACUCGAAGAACGCACUCGCCCGACUCCGACGCCGAAUCUAUCGAGAUGGCCAACACAUCCUGGACUAUCCGGACACCAUCCGUUGCACCGAAUGCAUCGACAACCGCCUCCAGUACGAGAGAAAGUGCAAGAUCUGCGGCGAAACAAAGGCUCUCGAUGAGUUUGCGCGCGCCCAGCGCCGAUACCCCGAACCCACUUGUGCCUCGUGUCAAGAAUGGAUGCUGACCGAUAACCAUGCAUACAAUGCCCGCGAUCGAGAGCGUACCGUGCGGCGAUGGGAGGCUAAUAGACUGGAGCAGGAAAGACUCCCUCGCGGCCAGCAUUCCCAUGAAUCUGUCAAGGAUCAUGCACCGCGCCAGCCCCGGCAGCAAUCGGAUCACUACGACCCCACCAGUGUCUCGUCGACGACUUCCCGGGCUACCUCCCUUUAUGAUUUCGUGGAUGUUGCGGCUUCUGGACGGUCCUUUUCGAUGGCAGAGCUUACGGAGCGUGAUAACGCCUCGUAUAUCCGGGACGAGGAGCUGCUCUACUCGAAUCGAUCCAUCCCGGGAAUGGAUGAACAAGACUACAUCUUGAACGAUACGGACGACUUUCUGCUAGACGAUGACUCCGACGAAGAACCCAAAUCUUCACAAGCCUUUAUCCGGAAGGGCUGGCUGCGAAUUCCGCCUACUCGAACCCGCGCCUUGGCUCAAGAGCCGCCGUCGCCGUCGCCGCAAACUCGCGCGCAGUCUGAGACUGGCCUUCUUCUUGAGAUGGGCACGCAGUCCGAGAUGAGUACGGAGACUGAGACCAACCCGCAGUCUGGAGCUGGACCUCGGCCUGAACAUAUCGUGGAGCAUUGGGUCAGAGUCGAUCCGCAGCGUGAGAGCGUGAUUGACACGCAGUCUACCAAUGAGAAGCACGACUGA